CAACUCCGACCGAUGAUGUGACUACAACUCUAGAGUAGCUAUUGGAAUAAGCGACAACAAGAAGGAAACCGCCAGGAAUGCAUCAGGAGCCAAGACUAAAUAUCUCCGUCCUACAUCCCACUACUAAAAUUAUAUCUCGCCGCGUAGUUUAUAAGUAUGUGUUAUAUCUUCUUCGAUGCUUACAGUAAACACAGUGACUUGAAUUCCUGAAAUAUAUAUUCCCAAUCAACACAUUGUCACGUCACGUGAUAUACUCUUCGUCCACAGCAUCUAGGACUUCUUUUGUUAUUGAUCAAGCUCUCCAAGAUGGCUUCAGAAACACUCACUUACCCUCCAUACGAGAAUACAGCUUCGAAAACGAUUCUCAAAAGCAACGCUUUUAGGGGCACUGAGGGAGUCUACAUGCUCCCUCACCAUGCCAAAGAAAUCGACAGAUUGACGAAGCAGCAUUUAUUCAUGCGAAGCACGACUGAAAAUUUGCAGCUCGCCAGUCCAAUAACUUCUGGUGCUAAGGAGCUUCGUGUUCUUGAUUGUGGCUGCGCCGAUGGCACGUGGCUCAAAGAUCUCGAAAUCCUCUAUCCCCAGAUAAAGUUCGAUCGUCACGGCGUCGAUAUCGGAUCUGAUCUGUUUCCUCAGCACUCCAACAUCGAUCUGCGCCCGCACAAUAUCACCACGCCUUUCCCUGCUUCCUGGGAAUGGAACGACUCCUUCGAUGUCAUACAUCAACGUCUUCUUGUCUGGGGCCUUAAGCUAUCCCAAUGGUCCCAAGUCCUCCGCAAUCUCUACACAAUUCUCAAACCAGGUGGCUACAUACAGCUUGUUGAGAUCGAAUUCAUCGAUCCCGCGAACCCAGCCACGCUACCACAACUGCACAAACAGGCAUUGAUGCAGAAAUGGUCAACCGCGAGUUUCGGAAUGGAUAUUGACAUCGCCUACAAGCUUGGCAAUUUGCUGAAGGAAGCAAACUUCACAAAUGUGACAAAGGUCCAGUUUGCACAUGGCUAUGGUGCAAAGGCCCGAAGUGCGGCGCAGCGUGACGUAAGCGCUGAGUUGUGGGUGGAGUGUUUCCGUAGUUUGGACACGAAGAUUCCUGCUGAGGGUGGGAUUCCGGGCGUUGCGAAGGAUGCGAAAGAGUUUCAUGAGUUCUUGGAUAGCUUGGAGACAGAGAUCAAGACAUUUGGUUAUGAGCCAAAGCUCAAUUUUGUGUAUGCGCAAAAGCCAGUGUCGCCCGAUAUAUAAGUUAGUGAUAGUAAACACUAGAUAAGACGUAUAUACAUCUCGAGUGAACAAAGUACUCUAAAUCGAUGUCAGAAGCUCUUGUCGACAAAGGCCACAACGAGAC